ACCGUAACCGUAUGUUAUAGCUGUCUUGCGAAGUAAUUCUUUGUAACACGGCAACAUUAAACAUUGCCAUUGUUCGUGAAUUCUUGCCACGCUUUGAUAUGCACGCACAUCGUGUAUAUGUAUAGCUGUACCCUUUAAUCGUAUGCUCGCAAUGUACAGAAUAUAUAAACGCGACGGUCUCAAGAAAUGACGCUUUCGAUCUUACAGCCAAUUCAUUAUUUUUAGAGAGCACGCGGGCCCGCGUAACACAACCAGCACACUUUCUUUUAUCGAAUAUUUGACUAUCGACGGACACCUUAUAUGCGAAGUCGAGAAUGUUUUUAAGCGAUCACGGCAGUCAUUUUAUCGUGUACUCGUUUUUACUAAUUACGUACGUAUCUUCACCACUCAUCGGUCGCUUCUAGUUUCGUAUACAAUCGACGAAAUUCGUGUCUAUUCCCUACUCGAAAAAUUUGGAGCAACCCAGCACCGCGUGAACGCACUUGACGUGACAUCACCGGACACUGUGUUGUUACAUGCCUAACCAUAUUACUAGCGUUAAUAAGUCACCAGUAAAGGUACCGCUGGGUAAUUCAAUGGUCGGCCGAGUAGAUAUCACCAUACGGUAGGAACACGUUUAGUGGAAUGUCGCAUUUGGAAUAAUAGGCCAGAUUAUUCGGCAGAGAAGGCGCGAAAUUGCAAAUCAUCGAACAGAUAUACAGGUGCAUUAAAAUAUGUGAAUUCCGCGGAUGGUUAACAUCUGUACCUUUUCAAGCGACGCGUGCUUAUUGCAUGUACUGCAAGAAAAACCUGCAUGCCCAUCGACUGUCUCUAUUGAAGCACACAUGUACUAUGAAGCACCAGCGAGCAGCUCUGUUACACGAGGCAGAAGAAAAGAAGAAGGCUCUUGCCCAAAAGUUAAAUGGAGAUGAGGAAGUUGAAGUAGAGAUUGGUGAAAUUGAUACAUCUGAAAAUGUUCAAACCGAAGUAGAUGAUGAGGAAGUAGAAUAUGUUGUUGAAAGAUUGGAAACAGAUGACGAACUGGAUGAAACCCACAUCAAAGACGAUGUGGACGACGUCGACGAGGAUGAGGAAGAUGUAUCACAUUUGCAUAUGUCCUUGGAGGAUGAGACUGUGAAACAUUCUUCGAAGAAGAUCAAACUGGAGAGAGUAGACAACACCGAAGAUCCUAUAGCUGAUGCGAUGGAACAUAUGCAAAGCGAAUAUCUGGAAGAAUCGGAGAAUCAAGGGGAAGUGCAAAUGGAAAUGGUGGUGGAAUCGGAAGAUCACAACAGUUCUGAAAUUCGAGUUGUUGCGCUUCUUUCCGAUGAGGAAGAUUCGAACAAAGAAAUGCAGAAAGAGUCUCGUGAAAAUGGAAAAACUAUUCGACGAUCCGAGAAUAAGUCGGACAGAAAGUCUAGCAAAUUUCAAGGCGAGAAGCAACAAGCGAAUUCGGAUAUACUGGUGGCGUGCCCGUUGCCUAUUUUGGGCGCGACAUAUCAAAUGAAUUCAUCGGUUGCGUCUCCCUCUAACACGAUAGGAGUUCUUCAACCGGUGAACACCAUCCCCAUUACUCCUGCGCAAAAUAAAACGAUCACUUUAACGUCGGGUGGUAAAACUCUAACUUUGUCAGGUGGUACUUUUCAACCUGGUACUCAGUAUGUGCUGAGUAAAUUCAAGAAUAAACUACCUACGUUUGUACUAGCUGAUAGGAAACCUGCAAUUGCAGCUAAUCAGGCGGGAGACACGUCGAAAACCCUUUUGAUAAACAAGGAGCAAGUGGCUGUCGCGGGUACCAGCUAUCAAUCUGGAAAAAAGCAUGUGUUUGUGAAGUCCGCUAGAUCCCCGACGUCGAAGAAACCUCAAAUCUCUACGCACGUUGUGGAUACAAGCAAAGGAUUGCCUGUCGGAGGAUUACAAGUUAGCUUGUACAAACUUAUGGAUGGACGAUGGACGUUUUUAAAUGAAAGUAAUACUUCUCCGAAUGGUCGUUGCGUAGACUUAGUGGAUAGUAUAAGAGCCAGCUUUACUGCCGGGCGAUACAAGAUCCACUUCGACGUGGACAAGUACUUUACGCUAAGAAGAAUAGAGACUAUGUACCCGUUCAUCGAAAUCGUGUUCGAUGUGAAGGAUCCCGCCGGACACUAUCACAUACCGUUGCUGUUAAGCCCGUUCGGUUAUUCCACAUACCGUGGUUCCGAAAGAUGAACACCAAUGGACAAUCGACCAAUAUUCUAAGUGACAAACGUGUUAUAUAAAAAUUUGAUUUCAAUAAUCAAUAAACUCUUUUUUACAAUGCGGAAUAUCAAAAUCUCCACAUGGUCACUAUUCUUAUAUUUUUCUAAGUGUUAUUUAGAAAAGAUACGAACUGUAAAUACAACGAGUUAGGUAGUGCUAGCUGGACUCCAAGAUCUUGACGGUUUACAUCGCUAUGUGAGCAUUAUCAUGUGUGAAAAAAUAUACUUUAUUUCGUACUGUGUAGAAUAUA